ACCGCCACGGCUCCCGCCCCCCUCGGGCAACCCCAUCAACCUCCGAUCCCACCUUUUCACUGUUACUAAAUUUUCCCUUCCCACUCCCAAAAUUCACAUUUCCACUCUCACAAAAAAACAAAAAGAAAGAAAGAAAGAAAGAAAUUGCCUUUGCCCUAAAAAAAAAAAAACACACUUUUAAAUCUCAAAUCGCACUAACCCCACUAAAAACGAACACUCAACUCACUUUUCUCUCUCUCUACAGUGCUACCUGUCGCCUUCAAUUGCGACUUUUGCACCACUCCGCUCGCAAUUUUUUCUCUUUCUCUUUCUUCCAUUUUUUCAUCUUUUUUAUAUAAAUAUAGAGAUUUAGGGUUUUGUUUUUUUCUUCUUCGAUAUGAAUCAACAGCCAGGGUUGGGCGAUAACAAGGAAUCAGAGGAAGAGCCCGUGGCCCAGCCGGUUGAUUCUGCCGUUAAGCUGGGCUUGGAGAAACCGGUUGGUUCUGAACCGGUUUCUGGUGUCGCAGAAGACGAAGUUCUUGUCGCUUCGUCGGGUAAAAGUGAAGAUACUGUGAUGGAAGAGGAUCCGGUUAAUCCAGCUACCGUGUUUUGUAUUUGGUUGAAACAACCGAAGUCCAAUUUGCGGUAUAAAAUGAGAGUACCUGAAUUGUGCCGCAAUUUUAGUGCUGUUGCUUGGUGUGGGAAAUUGAAUGCUAUUGCUUGUGCGACUGAAACUUGUGCUAGGAUUCCGAGUUCCAAUGCAAAUCCACCUUUCUGGAUCCCUAUACAAAUUGUGAUCCCAGAGCGUCCUACUGAGUGUGCGGUGUUCAAUGUCACAGCAGAUUCUCCUCGUGAUUCUGUUCAGUUUAUUGAAUGGUCGCCUACUUCUUGUCCUCGUGCCUUAUUGAUAGCUAACUUCCAUGGGAGGGUAACCAUCUGGACUCAGCCAUCCCAGGGGCCUGCCCAUCUGGUACGUGAUGCUAGCUUCUGGAAGCGUGAGCAUGAGUGGCGACAGGAUAUAGCUGUUGUUACAAAGUGGUUGUCAGGGGUGUCUCCAUAUAGGUGGCUUUCGUCAAAAUCCAGUAAUCCUGCAAACUCAAAAUCGACUUUUGAGGAAAAAUUUCUUUCUCAGCAGUCUCAAAAUUCAGCCAGGUGGCCCAAUUUUCUUUGUGUUUGUUCCGUCUUCUCUUCAGGAUCUGUUCAACUUCAUUGGUCCCAGUGGCCCCCUACGCAGGGUAGUGUAGCGCGAAAGUGGUUUUGCACAAGCAAGGGAAUAUUGGGUGCUGGGCCUAGUGGUAUCAUGGCUGCUGAUGCAAUAAUAACAGACAGUGGUGCCAUGCAUGUGGCAGGCGUUCCAAUUGUAAACCCAUCUACUGUCGUUGUCUGGGAGGUUACUCCUGGCACUGGAAAUGGAUUUCAAGCCACUGCAAAGACCAGCACAAGUAAUGGGAUCCCACCCUCAGUUAAUCCACCCAACUGGGCUGGUUUUGCUCCGUUGGCUGCGUAUUUAUUUAGUUGGCAAGAAUAUUUGAUAUCUGAGGCAAAGCAAGGGAAGAAGACAGCAGAUCAAGAUUUUAAUGAUGUUGUCUCACUACAUUGCUCACCAGUUUCAAAUUUCUCAGCAUAUGUGAGUCCCGAGGCUGCAGCACAAUCUGCAGCAACCACUACUUGGGGCUCUGGUGUAACUGCAGUUGCCUUUGAUCCAACUCGUGGUGGUUCUGUAAUUGCUGUUGUUAUUGUUGAGGGACAAUACAUGUCCCCAUAUGAUCCAGACGAGGGUCCUACAAUCACAGGUUGGAGAGUGCAACGGUGGGAAUCAUCUCUUCAGCCUGUUGUUCUCCAUAAUAUAUUUGGGAACCCUUCUUCCAGUUUCGGUGGGCAGGCACCUAAGCAGACUGUUUGGUUGUCCAAAGUGGAUACAAGCAUACCACCAACUAAUGACUUUAAGUCUCAUCAAGCAGCUGCUGCAGGACCAACUUCUGAUUCUCGUAAAGCAUCUGAUUCGAGUUCCGAGAAGUUAAAGAGGGUUAGUUUUGAUCCUUUCGAUCUACCAAGUGACGUUAGGACCCUUGCUCGAAUUGUUUAUUCUGCGCAUGGUGGUGAGAUAGCUAUUUCGUUUCUUCGGGGUGGAGUCCACAUUUUUUCUGGUCCAAACUUUAGUGCUGUUGAUAACUACCAAAUUAAUGUUGGUUCUGCUAUCGCUGCCCCUGCCUUCUCUUCAACAAGCUGUUGUUCUGCUUCUGUUUGGCAUGACACUAGCAAGGACCGUACCAUGUUGAAGAUAAUCCGUGUUCUUCCUCCUGCCGUUUCAAGUAGUCAAAUAAAAGCUAAUUCAUCAACCUGGGAACGUGCUAUUGCGGAGAGGUUUUGGUGGAGUCUUUUGGUUGGAGUUGAUUGGUGGGAUGCUGUUGGCUGUACGCAGAGUGCUGCUGAGGAUGGCAUUGUUUCUCUGAACAGCGUGAUUGCUGUCUUAGAUGCGGAUUUUCACUCUCUCCCUUCUAUUCAGCACAGGCAACAGUAUGGACCUAGUCUGGACAGGAUAAAGUGCAGGCUACUGGAAGGUACAAACGCCCAAGAGGUUAGGGCAAUGGUUCUAGAUAUGCAAGCAAGGUUGCUACUGGAUAUGCUAGGGAAAGGAAUUGAAUCAGCUUUAGUAAAUCCUUCAGCCUUAGUAUCAGAACCAUGGCAGGCAUCUGGUGAGACGUUAUCCAGCAUUGAUCCUGAAGCAAUGGCUGUUGAUCCAGCUCUUGUUCAGAGCAUUCAGGCUUAUGUUGAUGCUGUUCUGGAUCUGGCUUCACAUUUUAUUACACGCUUGCGUCGUUAUGCUAGUUUCUGCCGCACAUUGGCAAGCCAUGCUGUUACUGCAGGUACUGGUAGCAAUCGCAAUAUGGUAACAAGUCCUACCCAAAGUUCAGCAACUCCAGCAACUAGUCAGGCUGGUCAAAGUAGUACGACAAGUUCGACUGGAAGCACACAGAUGCAAGCUUGGGUACAGGGUGCUAUUGCUAAGAUUAGUGGCUCAACUGAUGGAGUUUCCACUUCAACUCCGAACACCAUAAGUGGCCCCUCGUCCUUUAUGCCAAUAAGCAUUAAUACAGGAACUUUCCCUGGAACACCUGCUGUUAGGCUUAUUGGUGAUUGCCAUUUUCUUCAUAGACUAUGUCAACUUUUACUUUUCUGCUUUUUCUUUCGGCGAGCUCUACAACCUCGCUUUGCACAAAGAAAUACUGAUGCAAAUCCACAAAAAAAUCAGCCUGGGGCUCCUGGGAAAAUGGAGGAGGUCAAUUCGGUUGCUGCUAAGCCAACAACUAUGACUAGACCUGAUGAAGCCCAGGGAGCACGAGCUGGGCAACUAGUACCUGGAGCUAAAGGUGCUGAGGAAGGUCCCAGGGGAUUAAAGAUAGGUUCUGGGAAUGCUGGUCAAGGAUACACGUUUGAGGAGGUAAAGGUUCUUUUCCUUAUUCUUAUGGAUCUCUGUAGGCGUACCUCUGGUCUACCACACCCGUUACCAGUUUCUCAGGUGGGGAGCAGCAGCAUCCAGGUGCGGUUGCAUUAUAUUGAUGGAAAUUAUACGGUAUUGCCUGAGGUGGUAGAAGCAUCCCUUGGCCCACAUAUGCAGAACAUGCCUCGGCCUAGGGGUGCAGAUGCUGCUGGUCUGUUACUGCGAGAGUUAGAAUUACAUCCCUCAUCUGAAGAGUGGCACAGACGGAAUAUGUUUGGUGGCCCAUGGUCAGAUCUGGAGGAUAUGAGCCCGGGAGAUGAUAUUCCCAGGCUAAGUAAUUCCAUUGAUAUGCCUGAUACAAGCUCAAUGGAAAGUUCUAAUGUCCAUUACGGAGUACAAACCCUCUGGCCAAGGAAGCGUCGGCUGUCUGAAAGAGAUGCAGCAUUUGGCUUAAACACUUCUGUUGGCCUGGGUGCAUAUCUCGGUAUAAUGGGAUCUCGACGAGAUGUUGUGACUGCUGUGUGGAAGACUGGUCUUGAAGGUGUUUGGUACAAGUGCAUGAGAUGUUUGCGACAAACUUCAGCUUUUGCUUCGGCUGAUUCGACCCACCAACCUAGUCAAAAUGAACGGGUGAGUUGGUGGAUCAGUCGUUGGGCCUAUGGAUGUCCGAUGUGCGGCGGACCUUGGGUUCGAGUUGUAUAGAAGCUGCCAGGGUGAAUGUCGUAUUUUUGUCAGGGGCUCACUUCAGUUCCUCUUUUCGAUGUACGGGUAUGUACUUUUUGGAAGCUUUACAAGGUGCUGCAGGUUUAAAGCUUAAACAUAGGAAACAAAUGAUUGGCUUUUUCAACACUAGAACCUGUUUCACUGUAUAAAAUUUGUUGAUAAAAUAAUUUGUUAGGUUACUUUUUUAUUUUAACAAACGUUAACUAAGAACAUUGAUUUUUAAGGGGGUGAGAAAUGAGAAGAAUAUGGAUAGGUGUAAUAGAUUCCUUUAGUUCUAGAUGAUUGUAGUUGUAAGACAGGUAGACAUUGUAUGAAUGUAGAGCGUGUUCAGGUCUAAUUUCAUAUUGUACUUUUCUAGUCAAUAUAUUGGGUUUUGUUUCUGUUUUAA